ACAUUGAUUCUGAUAUGAUUAAUUUACUGAAGCUGAUUUCCUCCUGGCGCCCGGUGACCGCUGUAAGUCGCUGUUGCUGUGAUUGUCCUCUAGAUGGCAGUAGUACACAGCACACUGAUAGCGGAGGCGCUGGAGGAAAAGCUCAGAACAAGCAACAUUAAACUCGUGUUGAAGAUGAGAAGAAACAAAGAGGCUACACUUCAGCUUUUAUCAACUCUAGAGAGAUUAUUUAGCGAACACGACACAACUCCUGCCUUUCUUCAUUAUAUCCUGGCUCUUGACUGUCAAUUCCUCUGUGAAAGCGAUCAGGAAUAGCGGACUUUUACCGUGUUCAUAUGUAAACAGACCUGAUGGAGGACACACACCGUCAUGAGAAAAUGAGUGAAAAAACUGACUCACUGAACAGAAAAGACAAAGAACGUGUGACCUGCACUCAGUGUGGAAAGAGUCUUGCAAACAAAAGGAGUCUCGGGAAACACAUGAGGAUCCACACUGGAGAGAAACCAUUCACAUGCACUCAAUGUGGAAAGAGUCUGGCAAACAAACAGAGUCUCGGGUGUCACAUGAGGGUCCACACCAGAGAGAAACCGUUCACUUGUUCUCAGUGUGGGAAGAGUUUCGGACACUUAUCAAACCUUAUUAGUCACAUGCUGAUCCACAAUGGAGAUAAAACACACAAAUGUGAUCAGUGUGGGAAAACAUUUUUGAGGGGUUCAGACCUGAAGAGCCACCUUAGAGUUCACACAAAGGAGAGGCCUUAUCCAUGCUCUGUGUGUGAAAAGAGUUUCAGACAUCAAGUUAGUUUAAGAAAUCAUCAGAAGACCCACACCGGUGUGGGAGAGUACAGGUGCUUGGAGUGUGAGAAGACCUUCAUUACGGCUGAAAAUUUGAAAAUACAUGAGAGAAUUCACACUGGAGAGAAACCUUACAUUUGUUCACUGUGCAAUAAGAGAUUCAGUCAGUUUGCACAAAUGAAAUCACAUGAGAGGGUUCACACUGGAGAGAAACCUUACAAGUGUUCACACUGCGACAAGCGAGUCAGUGAUUUAGGAAAUCUGAGAAAACAUGAGAGGAUUCACACUGGAGAGAAACCUUACAUUUGUUCACUGUGCAAUAAGAGAUUCAGUCAGUUUGCACAAAUGAAAUCACAUGAGAGGGUUCACACUGGAGAGAAACCUUACAAGUGUUCACACUGCGACAAGCGAGUCAGUGAUUUAGGAAAUCUGAGAAAACAUGAGAGGAUUCACACUGGAGAGAAACCUUACAUUUGUUCACAUUGCGACACGAGAUUCAGUGAUUUAGGAACUCUGAAAAGACACAAGAGGAUUCACACUGGAGAGAAACCUUACAAGUGUUCACACUGUGACAGGAGAUUCAGACAGUUAGGAAACCUGCAAACACAUGAGAGGAUUCACACCAGAAAGAAACUGUACGUUCACACCGAAAGCAGCGAGAGCAUCAAAGUAGGCGGAAGUCAAUGAGAGCCGGCGGCGAGAAGCAGCACGGCGCGUCUUGGCUGAUGUGGGCGUCGAGGAGAGUUGAAAUCAAGUCAGCUUUAUGGUAAUAAGCUAUGACUGGGUUCAGCGGCAACCAAUCAGAAUGUAGAAGUCCACCGCUUGAGAGGAGUCCAGAGAACACAGUCACUGUAAACUUUGGUUCUGACCACAGUUGUUCCCAAGGGUUUGAUUAUUACGGUCGUCAGAUUUCCAAUUAUUUACAAUGUUUUCUUACAGGAACAUUUAAAAAGGUACUGGCGAAUUACUGAUGUACAUUAAUUGUUUUUUUUUUUUUCUUUAAAAAAGUGGGAAACUCGUGCGACAAUACAAAACAGUGCUGCUGCUUCAGGAUAUUACAGACAUAUGGACACAGUGGAUGAGUGGAGCAAAGCCAGACCACAAGCAACUUGAUCUUCCGUAGUUAAAUGAGUUUGAGAAUAAGAGCUGAAGGCAGACCCCGUUGUCACCAGGGUGGUCCACAGUGUUUUUUUAAAGGUUUGAUGGUGUUUAUGGGGUGCAAAACAAUGUGUGUUCAUGAUCCAUCUGUAAAAACUCUCGAGACAACCUGAGCUCAAACUGCCCUCUUGCCCUGCAAAGGGAGGGAGCCCUGUGCUCAAAGAUCUUAUAAGCUCAGGGCUUUCACCCUGGACAGCAUGACAAACAAGCUUUAUAAUCAGUCAUCAGCUAAGUGUGAACUCUUGAAUGUGUUGUGAUUGGCGGAUCGGCUCCACAUCACCAGGAAACGUCAUGCCUCUCCUGCAUGCUGUCUGUUAAUAAUGUCAGUGAAGACGUAUCAGUCUGAGUCAGACACAGAAAUGAAGAGGACACAGCUGAAGCCAUGCAAACGCGACUCUUGCAAGAUGUUUCUGAAUGCUGUGUUUUUGUUUUGUUCAUUGGUAUGAGGAGGAAUGUGGUCAAGCCGUCAGCAUUUGAUAGAAAUAGUUAAAGCAGAUCAAACAGACAGAGUAACUCUUUCUAAAUUACAGAUUUGCUCAGUUAUUUGUCCUAGCCCACUCAGUACAGUGUAUUUACUAUUGCAUGCAGAUUUAUAUAAUGUGGUUUAACCUUGUGAGCGACAGUAGUAAACAAAUUAAAGAAACAUUCAAAUA